AUGGUUACAGCGCCAUUUAGCCCAAGACAGACAAAACUUUCUGACCCAGAUAGAGAGCCUCUAAUUUCAGCAGCCUGGCAACCGAAGCUGGCAUCCACUGUCGUUCUUGCGCCAGAUGAAGAAUUGCAUCGACGAUUAGUAUGGCGGUAUUGCACUAGGCGAAGUAAACAAGCCAUAGCCGCAUAUCAGCGCCUUUGCAUGGCUGGCUACCGACGAGGAAAUCCUUGUGAAAAAGAAUACUACAAGAUCGUUUAUCCGGCCAAAGUCGAGGUAUUUGACUCUGAAAAGCAGGUGGGAGCACCGAUAGCAUUAUCCUCCAAUUCUGACUCUGCCGGUUCUUUUUCCGCCUCGGUCGCUGUAGUACCUGAGGCGCCAUCGACACCUGACACUUCACUGUCUGUGGAAAACCUUUAUUUGCUGCCACUUCAUGUUUGGCGUGUAUGGCAGUCACGCUUCUACAUCUGGCUUGCUGGCUGGGUUGACCGGAUGAAUAGGAAAACACGUCAGCUAAUGGCAGCAUCAAUUCGUCAAGAGGCAGCAGCAACUUCCUCUGGUGCCGUCGGUUCUGCCUCUGGUGUCAAUGGCGGUGACCAGGACAGAACUAACUUGACCGCUGUCAGCGCAGGAAAAUGCAAAGAAGAAAAUACUGAAGAAAGACAGGAAUACACAAAAGAUGAUGACUCCUUUAGUGAUGGUGAAGAGGACACAGGCCAUCGAAAUCAAGCAGGGGAACGGACUUCCGGUGGCUUAUCUCCAAACUCAGAGCGAAUUGUAUUAUCAUCUGACUUGCCUGCCGAUUUCAGACCAAUGACGGUGGUAGAGGUUAGUCUCUCUUUUGUUGUCCCCCUUAGUUCCACAUACUGCUUUCAGAAAUUAUGUUUAUUAUGA